UUACGACAACGAGUAUUGGAUAGUAGAGCAGCCGCGCUUCUUUGGGAGUGGUAAUGCGCCGAACCAAUCUACAACGUUCUUGUGAUCAUUGACACCGGCCAUUGGUCUAUCCUUUGUCAACCAAUCAUCGAAAAACCAGUGAGGAUAUCCAAUUGUUAGAGGAUGGAGCACGCUCAGAUUCAGGGCUCUGAGGGUCCGCAGAUGGUGACCCUCAACGGUCAGCAGAUGCAGGUUCUGCAGAUGAGCAACCCUCCGCACAUGGUGCAGGGGCCCAACGGACAACAGAUCGUCGUGCACACAAUACAACCAAACGCACAGGCUAUACAGGUAGCAACCCCUAACGGUCAGCAGAUACAACAAUUGCAAGUGCUGCCAAUGUCCAGUUUGCAAGGUGCGGGUAAUAAUUUGCAGCCGAUGCAACUUGUACAAACUGCGGACGGACAAACAUUCAUUUACCAGCCUACAAGCGCCCCGCAGCCUGCCAUCGACCAGCACCAGAUCAUACACCAACCCGCAGUGAUAAACCUGAACGGCAACCUGGUGCAGCUAGCGGGCCUGGGCGGCGCCGUGCCGCAGCAGCAGCUGCUCAACCAGUCUAAUAUCGUCAUGGUGAGUACAAUAUGUCAGUUCAGGUCUGCAAAGUAUUUUUCAAUUUUCCAGAAAUAUUUACACGAGUCGCGACACCGCCACGCUAUGAACAGGAUACGAGGGGAAGGUGGACGCUUCCACUCGGGCAGCAGGAAGAACCGCGCGGCUAACUCUGAUCAAGGCGUGGACCCUCACAAGCUGCUGGAGGAUAUCAAGCCUGAUACCGUCUCCAUCACCAUCAUACAGGAAGAAGAAACCCAAGAGCACCAGCCGACACAGUGGAGGAGGCUCGCUCCUCAGCCAAUGCCCUCCACGUAGCACAUCAGAAUUAAAGUGGAACGAGAGUGCACUUAGUGUUCAAUAAGUGAGGACUUCUCCACUUAGUGUCAAUCAUGAAGAUAGUGUAAACCUGUGCAUUCAGUGUGAAAUUGUGCAUAUAGUCUAAAACUAUGCAUUCGGUGUGAACUUGUGUAAGUAGUGUAAAACUGCGCUUAGUGUGGACUUGUGUAAUCAAUGUGAAUGUGGACUUGAGUAAGUAAUUUGGACUUGUCAAGUUUGUGUACACAUAAAUUAUUGGCGUAUGUAAUUGAUAACUGAUGUACAAUCAGGGCAUUUGUCUGUAUUCAACCUUAAAACUGGAUGUUUAAAUGCAGCUUUUAAUGCCUUGUAAUACAAAAAAAAAACGGUAGGUACACAGUUAUUUCUUUAUAAUUAUCCCAUCAUUUGCACAAUUGACUGUUACAUAAUUGGUUAUAAAAGGGUUUUUGUCUUUUCAAGGAAUAAGCCAAUUUUUUUGUAAGUGGAACACUGCAAAGGGCCCUGACUGUACAUAGGAUUGUAUGGGUUUAGUGGAGUGUGGAAGUUAGUUAUUUGUAACUAUGGUUUCUUCCAUUUUCUUUAAAAACAACAGCAAAAUGUUGUAAUACAAGUGUAAGUGCAGUGAAAUUUAAUAUAUUGAUUUUGUAUUCAUUGUAAUUUAUAACUUCAGUAGUUUUAUAGUUUGUUAAAA